AUGAAAUCCAAGUCGGAGGUGAGGCAGGCGGCUCGGGUGCGCAGCCCUCCGAAGGCCGCCCGCCGCUGUCCUCCACCUGCGGCCGAGAAGCCUCAGCAGCGGCCGCAGCUGUGCGUCAACUGCGGCGUGGGCAUCCACGACCGAUACCUGCUCAAGGUGAAUGAGCUUCACUGGCAUUUGGGCUGCUUGGAGUGCUCCGUGUGCAGGACUUCACUGCACCAGCAAAGCAGCUGCUACGUGAAGAACAAACAAGUCUACUGCAAGUUGGACUACUUCAGCAGGUUUGGCACCCAGUGCACCCAGUGCGGUCGUCAGGUGUAUGCCAGCGAUUGGGUACGGCGGGCGCGAGGCAGCGUUUACCACCUGGCCUGCUUUGCCUGCUUCGCCUGCAAACGCCAGCUGUCCACGGGCGAGGAGUUUGGCCUGGUGGAGGGCAGGGUGCUCUGUCGCGCCCACUACGACGCUGUGCUACUCAACCUACAUAGGGCCGCGCAAAACGGAAUUGGUCUGACCCUGGAAGGGGCUCUGCCCUCUGACCAGGACAGCCAGCCUAAGCCUGCCAAGAGGGCGCGAACAUCAUUCACGGUGGAGCAGCUACAGGUGAUGCAGAGCCAGUUUGCCCAGGACAACAACCCUGAUGCCGUGACGCUGCAGAAACUGGCAGAAAUAACGGGAUUGAGUCGGCGCAUUAUACAGGUUUGGUUCCAGAAUUGUCGUGCUCGCUACAAAAAGCAACCUCCUCUUCCCGCUACCAGUGGAUUCCCCCAUCAGAGCUUCUCACUGGCCAGGAUGCCCUCCUCCUCUUCCAGCUCUCUGCAUGAAGACGACAGCCAGUUGUCCUCCUUCACUAGCCCAGACAGACCCUUACUGGCCCGGCACGAAUACCUGCAAAGUCAUCCCUUCUCAGCAGUUGCCGCUUCACCAGGACACUUGAGCCAUCCUGGCCUCCCUCUACCACAAAUGCCCAUCAGGCGUUGACAUCCCACAUCCACUUUUCAUGAUGACAUCCGCACUACCAGUCAAAAGUUUGAAGGGUAGUGCCACUGAUGCACACACAACGCUCGGGCCGAGAGAUGAGAAUAUCGUGGUCCAGUGUGUCGGAAACAGCGGUAAGGUCCUAAAGAAAAAAGAAAAGUCUUGUCUCCGGUUAUCAGUCGCUAAAAACUCUUCAUCAG